AUGUUCUCAACAGAAAGAAUCAUCCGCAGGCACACUGCCACAGAGGCGCACAAUCGGUUAUCGCAUCAGCCGUUUCAUGCCAAUGUGACGCGUAGAAAAAGCACGAGUGAUAUCGGUCGUCAAAAAAUGGCCUUCCUUCCCACUUUACGAAAGGCUGCAACGUUGAUGUUUACCCCGGAGACAGCGAUAUCCAGAGCCCCCAAUACCUGGAGAAGCAUUCGCGCCAUCAUCCUUUCAUCAUGGUUCAACGUUCUGCUCGUGUUUAUUCCCAUAUCCUGGGCAAUCAACUUUGCUCUCCCUAAUCAACACAGUCUAAUCUUUGUCUUGACAUUUUUUGCCAUCAUUCCAUUGGCCAAGCUCCUGGCGUUCGCUACGGACGAACUCUCCAUAAGGGUCGGCCAAACUCUGGCAGGUCUUCUAAAUGCUACAUUGGGAAAUGCCGUUGAACUCAUCGUUUCAAUCAUCGCACUCACAAAAUGUGAACUCACAAUUGUCCAGUCCUCCUUGGUGGGAUCUAUUUUGAGCAAUCUUCUGCUGGUGCUGGGAAUGUGCUUCUUUGCCGGGGGUAUGCGGUUUUCAGAACAGGGUUUCGGACAAAGUGCUGUGCAACUGAAUUCGUCACUGCUUACCAUUAGCGUCAUUGCCGUUUUACUGCCUGGCGCUUUCAACAUGGCAUUGCAAGGCCAGUCUACAUAUAAUGCGGCGUCGACAUAUGACAACAUACUAAAGACCAGCCAUGGUGUUGCCAUCAUUCUCCUUUUCAUUUAUGGUUCAUAUCUGGUGUUCCAACUGUUUUCACACAAAGCCCUCUAUGAUGACAGUGGCGCGGACAUACAAGAGACAAAAGUCUAUGAGGGCCAAAAUCCAUGGCUACAAUUGAGACUCUACCGUCGUAAGAAUGCUAAACUUGUACAAUCCCCUCGGCCGACGGGUGAUGAAGAAGCUGCAUCCAAUCCUAUUGUGCCCGCUGAAGGUACCGACCCAGAACGUCGGUCUGCGUCCACGGAGGACACAGAUCCUGAGGUAGAAACAUAUAUGAGUGUCCCUGUGUCCCUCGGGCUUCUGGUCGUUGUAACUGUGUUGGUGGCUGUUACCGCGGAGUUCCUUGUUGAUUCGAUUAACGGUUUGACUGAAUCUGGCGCCAUCAAUAAAGAAUUUGUUGCCGUGAUCUUGCUUCCCAUAGUCGGUAAUGCAGCGGAACAUGUUACUGCUGUCACAGUGUCCGUCAAGGACAAGCUAACCCUGAGCUUGGGUGUUGCUGUCGGAUCCAGUAUCCAAAUUGCACUCUUCGUUAUACCGUUCAUGGUGACGCUCGCUUGGAUUAUGGGUAAAAGAUUGACGCUCCUCUUUGACCCGUUGGAGUCAAUCGUACUCUUCCUAUCUGUCCUCACCGUGAACUACGUUGUACAGGACGGCAAGUCAAAUUGGUUAGAGGGCAUGGUUCUCAUGUGUCUAUACUUGAUCCUGGCUGUUACAUUCUGGUUUUACCCCGGUACGUCGCUGACUGAGAUGUUUGUAAAUUGCCGAGGUGCUGAGUAG